AUGUUAUCUAGAGGACACAUGAAAUUGUUGUGAGCAACAGACCCUCAUAGUCUGCAUUAGAGUCUGAGAAAAACAGAGACCCUGGUCUUUUGGGUCUAAACAAGCUAAAAAACCCUGGUCUUUUGGGUCUGAUGGGUCGCUGCACUUUCUCCUCGGACGAUAUUGUAAUAAAGUCUCCGAAUGAUAAGAAACUGUACAGACUAAUUAAGCUUGAGAAUGGCCUCACUGCAUUGCUCAUUCAUGACCCUGAGAUAUACCCACAAGGAUCCAAGAGCCUUGAACCCAGUGAAGAAGAUGAAGCAGCAGCUAAAGGUGGAGAUGGUGCCUCAGAGACUAAGAAGGCAGCAGCGGCAAUGUGCGUUGGAAUGGGCAGCUUCUCUGACCCUAUGGAAGCACAGGGGCUUGCGCACUUUCUUGAACAUAUGCUCUUCAUGGGGAGUACAAAGUUUCCGGUUGAAAAUGAGUAUAACAGUUACUUGUCCAAGCAUGGGGGCUCAUCAAAUGCUUACACAAAGGAAGAGCACACUUGCUACCAUUUUGACGUGAAACGAGAUUUUCUUAAAGGUGCCUUGAAAAGAUUUUCUCAGUUUUUUGUUUCACCUCUAAUGAGAAGUGAAGCCAUGGAGCGAGAGGUACAGUCUAUAGAUUCAGAGUUUAACAGGGUUCUGCAUAGCGAUUUGUGGCGCCUUCAACAACUUCGAGACCAUACAUCCUCACCUGGUCACCCAUUUAAUAAAUUCUCUUGGGGAAAUAAGAAGAGCUUGGAUGGUGCAAAGGAAAAAGGGAUAAACUUGCAGGAACAGAUAUUAAAAUUGUACAGAGACUAUUACCAUGGUGGAUUAAUGAAGCUAGUUGUUAUUGGUGGAGAAUCUCUCAAUGUACUUGAGCAGUGGGUUCUGAAGUUGUUUGGAGACAUCAGAAACGGUCCCCAAGUAAAUCUUGAGUUCAAGGCAGAAGGUUCUAUUUGGAACGUUGGAAAGCUUUACAGGCUAGAGGCUGUUAAUGAUGUUCCUAUGCUCAACUUGGCAUGGACGCUUCCAUGUCUUACUCAACACUAUUUGAAGAGCCCAGAAUAUUAUUUAUGGCAUCUCCUUGCGCAUGAGAGCAGGGGAGGUUUGCAGUUCUACCUCAAAACUAGAGGGUGGGCAGUAUCUCUAAGUGCUUGGGUGGAGAGCUAUUCUGUGGCUUAUGUCUUUGGCAUGAAUAUUUACCUCACCGACUCUGGAUUGGAGAAGAUUUUUGAAAUUAUUGGGUUUGUGUAUCAAUACAUUAAACUAUUGCGUCAAGUGUCACCACAAAAAUGGAUAUUUCAAGAACUCCAGGAUAUUCAGAACAUAUGCUUUAGAUUUGUAGAGGAGCAGCCCCAGGAUGACUAUGCUUCAGAACUUGCAGGAAAUUUACUACUUUAUCCUGCAGAGCAUGUUAUUUCUGCGCAAUGUGUGUAUGAGAUUUGGGAUGAGGAAUUGAUUGAAUAUGUUCUUAGUUUCUUCAGACCAGACAACAUGAGGAUGGAUGUGAUAUCAAAGUUUUCAACUAUGUCCAAAGAUUUUCAGUGCGAGCCUUGGUUUGGUUCACAUUAUAUUGAGGAAGAUGUAUCUCCGUUUUUGAUGGAUUUGUGGAAGGAUCCUCCAGAGGUUAAUGUUUCGUUGCAUUUCCGAGAAAAGAAUGAGUUUAUUCCUUCUGAUUUUUCCAUUCGUUCUGAUGGUCUUGAUACUACAUAUACAUCUUCUCCGAGAUGUAUACUUGAUGAACCUUUGCUUAAGUUCUGGUACAAGCUUGAUCGUACUUUUAAAGUUCCACGGGCAAAUAUAUACUUUCGAAUCAGUCUAAAGGGUGGAUUUGAUGACUUGAAGAGUUCUCUGUUGACUGUACUAUAUAUCGACCUUCUUAGAGAUGAGCUGAAUGAGAUUUUAUAUCAGGCCAGUUUUGCCCUGCUGGAUACUUCUUUGUAUGUGAAUAAUUGCUAUCUGGAACUGAAGCUGUGGGGCUUCAAUGAUAAGCUUCCAGCUGUAUUGUCAACAAUUCUGACAACAACCAAAAAAUUCCUGCCAACUUAUGAUCGUUUCAAGGUUAUUAAAGAAAAUAUGGAGCGUCUGAUAAAGAACACUAAUAUGAAUCCUCUGAGUCAUGCUGAAUACUUGAAACUGCAAGUUUUGUACCAGAGAUUCUACGAUGUAGAUGACCAGUUGCAUGUUUUAAAUGGAUUGUCUGUUUCUGAUGUGAAGUCAUUUAUUCCAGAGCUUUGGUCCCAGCUUUACAUUGAAGGCCUUGGUCAUGGAAAUCUGUUAGAAGAAGAAGCAAUUAGCCUUUUGAAUAUGGUGAAAACAAUUUUUUCUGGACAACCACUUCCUACCGAACUGAUGCUUAAGAACAAAUGUAUUUGUCUCACUCCUGAUGCUAACCUCAUUAGAGAUGUCAGUGUGAAGUAUAAGACUGAAACAAACUCUGUGAUUCAGCUAUGUUUUCAAAUUGAGCGGGCAGUGGGGAUUGACUCCACCAGAUUGAGAGCAUUAAUAGAUCUUUUUGAUGAAAUUAUAGACGAACCACUUUACGAUCAACUGAGGACGAAGGAGCAGCUGGGAUAUGUUGUUCAGUGUGACUGGGAGGUGAUAUUUGGUGUUUUUGGCUUUUAUUUCAUAGUCCAGUCGUCGGAGUACAACCCAAUCUACUUGCAGCGGAGAGUUGACAACUUUAUCAAUGGUCUGGAAGACAUUUUGCAAGGACUGGAUGAUGAUUCCUUUGAGAAUUACAGAGGUGGGCUAAUGGCAAAGCUAUUGGUGAAAAAUUCAUCCCUUAUACAUGAAACCAAUAGAUUUUGGAAUCAGAUUAUUCAUAAAAGGUAUACAUUUGACUAUGCAAAGAGGGUGGCAGAAGAGCUCAGCAGUCUACAGAAGGAGGAUGUUGUCAACUUUUACAAGACCUACUUGCAACAAUCAUCUCCCAAGCGUCGGAGACUUGGCAUUCGUGUUUGGGGUUGCAACACUGACUUGAAAGAAGCUGAAGAAUCGCGACCGGAGUCUGUGCAGGUCAUUGAAGACCUUGAAGCCUUUAAGAUGUCAUCUGAGUUCUAUCCUCACGGUUGUUGAAAAAUCAUGGAUUGUUAGUGAGAAUUUAAUAGAAACUGAACCAUUAAUAGGAAACAAUGAAGGCCCAAGUUCAAAUUUUUCAGUUCUUGAAAGGAGACAAUCUGAAAGAAAGUCAAGUGUUGGAGAGAAAAGAUGCUUGGUAACACCAACACCGACAAGGAAAUUUUGAUCGAAGUUGCAAAGCAAGUUAUGUAACGAAUUGUUUCGAACUUCACACUUCAUCUUUGUACGAAAUGCAACGUACAGGUUGUUCACAA